CUAAAUAUAAAGUAUUUUAUUUUCUGUAUUAACUUGUUAUUAAACUUCACUUGAAAUCAAAAAUAGUUAAUUUCAAUGCUGUUGUUUUCUGAUCUAAAAAUAUUUAAAAUCAUAGCAUCUGUUGUAAAAACCUAAAAUAUUAUUUAAAAUAAGAAGCUGUGGGAAAGCGAGAAUUUCAAGUUUCAAUGUUGGACAAUUUUUCAGUGGACUAAACUUUGGACUAACUUUUAUAGCACGUAAUAUCCUAAAAUUUACGUGUUAUGUGGUACAAUUAAGUGGACUGAAUAAUGGGUUCAAAUGACCAAGUUGCGUUGACUAUCAAUACGCCGCAACGUUUUAUUCACUACAGUGACGGAGUUGAUGAAGAAAUGCCAGAAGAGCAAGUGGAGAUAACAAACUGUACACCUAAUGACGCGGAAUGUAUUGAUCCUAAAUCUUUAUCAUGGGUCCCGUGGGUCUCAUACUACAUAUGGAAAUCUGGCACUAAAGCUUUGAAUGUAGUUGACUAUGCUGGUGAAAAUUUGGCUCAUUUCUUUGGCAUCACUACACCCAAAUAUCAGAUAGAAAUUAAUGAAUAUGAAAGAUUGCAAGAAGAAAAGAAGAAGAUAGAAGAGGAAACAGCUGGUUGGAUCCCAAAAAAUUCUGGUGGAGACAUUCCUCUUGUGCUAAAUGAACCCAUCAGAGAUUCUAACAUUCAUGAGCCAGCUUAGUACAGUGAUCACAAAUGAAGUAGUAUAUGAUCAUAAAAUGGAGAGUAGCCUCACUUAGAUUUUUAUCUAUUCCUGUACUUAUUUUAAUGGAGACUUUGAUACUGUUUUAAAUACUUAAAAUAGACAAAAUAUAUUGUACUUUAAAAAACUAAGAAAUAAAAUAACUAAAAUAAAUUUUAAUAACAUGAAGAAUUAUAUUGUUGUAUAA